AUCCAAUAGACAAAGAGGCAUGAAUCCAACCAACCAAUGGAAGUCGAAGGAGGGCGAGGACCCCAGGUUGCCAUGGCGAAGAGGGAAGGACGCCGCCCACCGGAGGGAGGGAGUGAGCUCGCUGGGCCGUCCGAGUGAUGGUAGAGAAAAGUGGCUGGGCGGCGGAGGCGGUGCGGGCCAACCGGGAUUAGGGGUGGAAGGCCGAAGUGAGGGGGAAGGAGCAUCAUCUCCAACACGGGCUGGUGUUCGGCAAGGGCGAAGUGCUGGGGGAGCAGGAUAAUGAGGCAGGCGCAGGGCGUCGGCCCGGACAGCGGCUGGCAGCCCGCAGGCCGCGGAUUUCCGAGGAGCUCCAGCUAAAUUCCCCGUCGGGCUGAGGGACCGGCGGAAAGUGGAGCGAGGGGAAUCGAGCCGCCCAACACCGUCUUGUCGCUACAAACCCCCGCCUAAUUGCGGGGCGAUGCCGAUCACCGGCCGACUGAAGGAGCAGGGCCGCGGAAUCCAGCGGCGCCCGAUGGCUCCGGCGCCUUACUGAAAAAACCGCCGCCGGGAGCGAACACCAGCGCCGGGGUCAGCGCGGGGUCAGGCCCGGGGGUUGGGGGGGCGAGGCGCGCGCGCGCACGCGUACUCCGCUCACCCGCCGCAAACACACCGCCGUCAGCCGGUGCCGCUCGCCGCUGGAAGUUUGACACGGUAUUGCCUUUAAAUUCAUCCUACCGCAAUUUUUUAAAAAGGAAAACGUUGCCACAUUCCAUUUCAUAUCUUUGACACAUUUCCCAUUUAAUUUCCGUUUACACCUUGAGUAUCCCGUUUCUAAUUUUUGCAUUUCUCAACUGUCCCAUGUUUGCGUUCAAGAAGUUGCUUUUAUCUCAAUUUGCAAAUAAGAAAGUUGCCUUUUGGAAUUAUUUUUUAAAAGUUGCAUUGAAUUAAAGAGAUUUUCUAUUUUUUUUCCAUGUACACUUGUGGGAGGUGUUAAUUUUUACAUUUACGUUAUUUGAUUUGGAGGGAGGCGGCAAGAUGUCUAAGUCAGCAGCUAAAGAGAAGAAAUCUUUCAGCAAGAAACUUUUUAGGCGGGGUUCGGCGCGCUCGGUCGGGAGUUUCAUGAGCCGCGUGUUAAAGACUCUUUCCACCCUUUCGCACUUUGGCACCGAGGAGUCGGCCGAAGAUGAAAAGGACGACGGUGGCUUCAAGAACUUCCGAACGGCGGGGGCCGGCGCGGCCAUGGGCAUGGGGAUCGGAUUGGGACCCGGGGUCGGGGUCGUUACCUCGGCUUCCUCCAUUAUCAUGAUGAUGAGUGGCGUCAAUCACCAAGCCAUCGCAGGUCGUAGCGACUCAUCCGACAGCUGCUUUUCGCCGGCUUCCGGGGAUCGCUGGCAGCCACCCGGUGUGUCCGGCCUCAAAAACCAUGGGAACACCUGCUUCAUGAACGCCGUGUUGCAAUGCCUGAGCAACACCGAACUCUUCGCCGAGUUUCUCGCCCUGGAGCAAUAUCGCGACUUGGCGGUCAGCCGCCUGGACUCACCCGAGGCAGGGGACUCUCGGGACCAGGAGCGGGAGGACGAGCAGCUGGAGCAAGAUAAGACCUCCAAAUCGAAUGGAGUUUUAUACCGAUCCAAAUGCCAGUCGGACUCGCGUGGAGAGGUCACCGAACAGCUCGCUUCCUUGGUCCGAGCCCUGUGGACAUCAGAAUACACCCCGCAACUCAGCCGGGAGUUUAAGAAUGUUGUAUCCAAAAACGCUUUCCAGUAUCGUGGCAAUUCGCAACAUGAUGCUCAGGAGUUUCUUCUGUGGCUUCUUGACAGAGUCCAUGAAGACCUGAACAAUAUUGUUUUAACAAAUGGGAGGCCUCCUGCCAAGCCUCCGUUAAAUGAGGAUGGGCUGUGUGAAGGACCAGCUCUUCCAGCAAGGAGCAGCUUUGUACAGGAGCUCUUUCAGGCACAGUAUAGGUCUUCUUUGACGUGUCCCCAUUGCCAGAAACAAAGCAACACCUUCGACCCAUUUCUCUGCAUCUCCCUGCCCAUCCCUCCACUUCAGACCCGGCCAUUGAAUAUCACCGUGGUUUAUGAAGGAAAAUGCUCACAUUGCAUGAGAAUAGGAGUAGCAGUUCCACUGUCGGGUACAGUGAGCAAACUUCGCGAAGCAGUAUCACAAGAAACUAAAAUCCCCACAGAUCAGAUUGUUCUAACAGAAAUCUAUUUCGAUGGAUUCCAUCGUACCUUCAGUGAUGGUGAUGCUUUGGACACUGUUCAUGAAAAUGACAGCAUCUAUGCUUUCGAGACACCUGAUGUUUACAUUGGCCAAAAAGCGAUGCUUACAAACAUAAAUCAGAACAAUCUCCAGUUCAGCACUGGCCACAGGUCCACUGUCUACUCUCAUGGAGGAAUGAAACAGAUCAAACUAGAACACGUGUACAAUAAGGGCUUGGGGAAUGAGAAAUCACUGCUGCUGGUGUGCAAUCUAUGCUGUACCGCACAGCAGGGUAAAAGGUUUGGUCAUCCCUUUGUACUCUGCUUGGAUCAUAAAAUAACAUGGGAAGGACUGCAGAAAGCCAUUUUGGAAAAGAUGCGCCAUCUCUUUAGGCCAGGGAUGUUCACAGAGGUUGCUCCCUUUAGUCUACGAGUGCUCGGAGGUGGUGUGGGGAAGUGUUACCUUUCUCCGCAGGAAGAUUAUCCCCUGUGUCAGUUGGCAGCAGAAAGAGCAUGGAAGACCUGUAGACCUGGUGGACCCCAGCAUGUUAAGAUCAUUGUGGAGUGGGACAGAGACACAAAAGAGUACUUGUUUGGGAGUGCUGAGGAUGAGUAUGUGCCAGAUUCUGAAAGCGUUCGCCAACAACAGCAGCUUCAUCACCAGCCUCAGACCUACACCUUAUCUCAGUGCUUUCAUCUCUACACCAAAGAAGAACAGCUGGCACCAGAUGAUGCCUGGCGCUGCCCACACUGUAAGCAGCUCCAGCAGGGCAGCAUCAAGCUGAGUUUGUGGACGCUCCCUGAUGUGCUUAUCAUCCAUUUGAAGCGCUUUAAACAGGAAGGGGAUAAAAGGACCAAGCUACAGAAUCUGGUGAAGUUCCCCCUCACAGGCCUGGACAUGACACCACAUGUGGUGAAACGCAGUCAGAGCAGUUGGAGCCUCCCUUCGCACUGGUCACCAUGGAGACGGCCCUAUGGACUCGGCAGGGAUCCUGAAGACUACCUCUAUGAUCUGUAUGCAGUGUGUAAUCACCAUGGCACCAUGCAAGGAGGCCAUUACACUGCCUAUUGCAAGAACUCUGUGGAUGGACUCUGGUACUGUUUCGAUGACAGUGAUGUUCAGCAGCUCUUGGAUGAAGAUGUCUGCAAGCAGACUGCAUACAUCCUGUUCUACCAGCGGCGCAGCACCAUUCCUUCCUGGUCAGCAAACAGCUCUUUAGCAGGUUCUACCAGCUCAUCUCUUUGUGAGCACUGGAUAAAUCGUCUCACAGGCAGCAAACAACCUAGCAUCACAUCUACUGCAUCUUCUCGCCGGACAUCUCUUGUCUCGCUCUCUGAAUCAGUGGAAUUUACACAGGAUCGUAGUGACCAGGAUGACGGUGGGUUUUCAACUCGGCCUUUUGUGAGGAGUGUUCAGCGCCAGAAGUCUGUCAUCCAGAUCUUCGUUUGCUAGCCCUUGGUGCUCAAUGAGAACGGACUUAAAUCUCAGAGGACAUUAUCUAGCAAGCUGCAUAUGCGAUCCAACUCUCCGUCGCCAUUCUCCUUCGAGUCUCCCACUCACAGCCCGUCUCCGACUGCAGACGUACUGGGCUGCAAGAACCCUAACAUGGGCACUCUCUCCCACUUCAAGGUCAGGGGGCAACCACUGCUGGACUCCCUGGAAGGGCACCCCUUGCUGUCAUGGAAGGUGUGGUUCGAGAGGAAGAGAAUCCUUUGGUUGAUGCUGUGGACAAGAAAAGCACAUCCAGCUUGGGCAGCCCUCAGUCUGCAAACACUAGCGCUGCCUCUCUGGUUGAAGAUGCAAAAACUAAAGCAAAGGCAAGGCCUUGUAACAGGAGCAGCUAAUGCGGAGAGUCCACAGAAGAAGUCUGGUUCCAGAGUGCCUUCUGAACAGGCCAAAGCCUCUUUAGCCAAAGCUCAAUUAACUCAAUCGUCUUCUCUGAAGAACCCCCAGAAGGCUUCUGUCACACGUGAAAAGGUUGAAACGAGAGCUGGAACCCGACGGUCUGCAUCAAACUCAGUUCCCCGAAAGGAGGUGGAUAAAAAUCAACAGCUGACCAGUUUGUCUCCAGCUCAACAGAAACUGAAGAUGCCCCCGGCUUCUCCACAGUCACCUUCCCCAACGCGGAAAAAAGUACCAGGAAGAUCGAAGACUGCUGAAGGCCACUCCAAACGCAGCCCCUCUCCUGAAAAACGCAGGCUGACAUCUUCCAAAGCCAGCAGCACAGGCAGGUUGUCGCAUGCUAAGUCGGGGAACCGAUUGGAGAACAGGAGACUGAGAAAUUCGAGCAGCAGCAGCUCCGUGACAGAAGCAAAGUCCUCGGACACCAGCUCAAGAACUGACUUGAGAAGAGACAGCAGUAAGUCCGAUGACAAAGGCCUGUCAUUCUUUCGGGCAGCACUGAGGCAGAAAGAAAGUCGGAGGUCAGCUGAUUUGGGGAAGAGCAAUAUUCUUGCCAAGAAGUCAGCAGAUGGGCCUUCCAAGAUGACAAACAAAAAAAUCCCAAGUGAAGGCCCAAGCAAGGAGGGCAGGCGAUUGAUAAGCGAACAGCCACCCUCUGCAUCGGCCUCUGCUCUGACAGUGUCCAGCAAAAUAGUGUCACGAGGGAAACAGUCGAGCAAGGAUGCAGCUCCCACCAACUGUCCAUUACUUCCCGCUGCCAAAUCCAAGUCGUCCUUGCCAGACGUGGGGUCUCAGUCUCCAUCAAACAGAAAGAAACCCACAGAAAAGAUUAAAUCCAGAAAGAUUGUUACUAGCAGCAUGCAGUCAUCUGCCCGCCAUAACAAAAAGUAAUGUGAAAGUCAAAUCGGAAGGAAAAACACUCCACAAAAAUUGCUAGUCUGGCGUUGUUUCUGCAACACUUUAUUUUCUCUUCCCCUCCCUCUCGCUUUUCCUUCCAUCCCUCCAUUUUUAAACAAGCUUUUUAUUGGAGGAAGUUUUUGUUUUGCAGUUAAUGUGCCUACAUUGGUGACGAAAGCUAUGGAUUUAAGCGCCUUUUGUUGUGCCAUCAAACCAAAUGAUUACCACAUGACGCAGGCAUGUGGUGUGAGGAUCAUGGAGCUAGUUCAUCAUUGCCAUCCUCCUCCCCACCAACCCUGGAGGUUGCCCUUCUCUGGUGGGUUUUAAUGCAGCACUUUGUAUCGACCUUCAGAACUUGCUUUUGUUGCAGAAUAACACUGUGUACUGUUCAAUGAAUGAUUUGAUUUUUAAAUUUUUUAUAAAUUUUCUUUUAAGACUAAUAACUACUGCACGCUCUGAAGAAGCCAUCAAGUUAAGUAAUCAAUUUCAUUUUCUCCAAUAAGCUUUUGUUUGGUUGAUGCCAUGUUAACACCUUGCUGUCCAUUCACAGUACUGUAUAACAGCAGGUCUCGGGUUAACAUGCAAGGAAUAAAUGGGAGCAAUAACUAUUUCAAUUGGAAUGUGGCCACUUUCUGAAAUGGUCUCAGCUCCCAUGUGGUAGCAGUUCUUUUGCUGCAGAAGGAAGAGUGAGAGAGAUGGAAUGUAACAAUAUGCAAUGCUCCGGUUUUGUUGUUUGGUUCAGUCUCAGAUCAGUAUAUCAUAUGUGAUCCGUUAGCUGUCAGCAGCUUGAGUGACUUCAUAUGAAUGUGUUGAAGGAUUUCAACAACACUUAUGGCUUCAGAUACCAUGGGAUGAAAACUGUGGGCCCCCAGGCUGACCAAAGGCUUGAGCACCUUGUCUUCAGUCUUUCAGUCUUGUUUCAAGUGUUACAGCUAGUCUAAGACAGAUCUCCCAAAAUGCCACCAUUUCACGGCCUGAGAUGACAUGUUGGCACCUGGUUGCAGAGUUCUGAUCCAGAUAUAAUGAUUCACUAACAUGGAAGAAGAAUUCAGCUGAAAUGCUGUUUGGUCAGAAAUGAAUGCUAACCCAUAUAUUCAAGUCUGUGGGGAGGUAUUUGUGGAGACACUACAUUUAUGGAUGAAUAUCAAGCAGGGUCAACACCUUCUGCACACUAAAGAAAACUGUUUAUGGUUGCUAAACAACAAAGAUAAUCAGAAAUAAGUUUCCAUAUGCAUAUUAACCCAGUGAUGCCACAGCUCAGCUGACCCAGGCUAAUAUCAAUGAUCAAACAGUUUCAGUGGCUUUUUUAAACUAAGCUUUUGUUUACAUUUUGAGACAAUGUGCAUGAUUUUUUUAAGUUCAGUUUCUAAUUUCCUAGAAUUGUUUGCACUGUGGCCAUUUGGCUAAUUGUGCCUGUGCCCGCUCUUUGAAAGAACUAUCCAGUUGAUUGCACUCUCCAGUUCUUUUCUCAUGGCCCUGCAGGCUUGUCUUUUUCAAGCAUUUUUCCAAUUCUCUUUCAGAAGUUCCAUUUGAAUAUGCAUUCCAGAUUCUUUUGCUUCAUGCAUCAUCUGGUUUUCCAGUGUAAUAAAUGCAAACUCAUGAGAUGCAGUCUGCCAGUGAGCAGUCCUAUUUAUACUGUUUACCAAUUAUAUAUGUGGUGUAAUUUGUCAUGGACUUUACCCACCCAUUGAAAUUCUUCCACACCCCAUGUACAGUCUCUCCUGUCAUAGACUCUGGCUGUACAUUGAAUUACUUUGAUGUCUCAGGGACAAAUUUGUAUAUAAAUCUUCCGUGAUUCAGUCCCUGAAUUGAUCCAUUUAACUCUUUCUGAUCGAUGCCAAUUCAGUCUCUUGGAAUGUGAGCAGAAUUGUUAUUACAAGGAUCAAGAAAAAACAGUUUUAAUGAUGACAAACAUCACUACUUGGGCAUAUGCCUGUUUUCCUAGCUUAGUGUGAGCAAGCUUCUGCCUCCUUUGGUCUGGGCUCGCGUGUUUCAGUAAUGUUCUGUUCCUUUCAAGUUUGUGGGGAACAGGAUCUGCCAGUACACAAUGAUUCUCCAUACUUUACGAGUUCCCAAAAGAUGAAAAGACAUUUUUGUUUCACUGUGUUACUCAGUUGCUGACAUCCUCAAGUGAACUUGAAUCUGACUGGUGUUCCAAAUGCACAGCAAAACAAAUGUCUUUGUAGCUUUUCAGAACCUACCUAUUUUGAGUACCUAUUGAGCUGUCCCAAUGGAAAAUGCAUCAUCUGGUGUACAUCUGAGCCAAGGAGCAUAUAAAGUUCCCACUCUCCACCCUAAAGUGUAUUUGCUGAGUCAUCUGGCCCAGCUGGCACAAUGGAAAAGGUGCUCCACUUGACAUCAUUACCUUGUGAGUAGGGAAUGGAGCAGAGGGAGCCAAAAUCUACUUAGAACAGUGAAUUGGUGAAAGGUGAGCUGCUCACUGCUGAGGCCUGUGGAGGGGUGGGUUCAUGGGCGUAACAACGGUGCGGGUGUUGACACCUUACUGAAUUACAAGCCUCCAGUUGCACUUUUGUGUAAACGGGGCUUCCCAGUUACGCACAAAAAAACUGUUGUUCUAGCUUGUUCAUCUUCCUGUCUGCAUGCACUUAAGGCAAUGUAUUACUAUGCAAGUGCUAGGGUCUUUGUUGCACUGAAGUUCUUUGUAGUAGGGUUAUUCAUUUUAAUGUUGCAUUCAAUAUUGAGUCCUGCAGUCCUGUAUUGGAGAAUGGUGACCUGGCUGAUCUCAUUGCUUUGUUUGCACAACUUGACUCACCUUUCCAGACUGUGUGUGAUCAGUAUGAGUGAUUGUGAAAUAAUUUAUAAUGAGCAGAAUCAUGUAACUGGAAGCUGUAGACAAGUAGAUUUAAACCUGACAUUCACUAUUUUGUUAAUAUUGGCUGUAACAAAGCAAUUUGGUAAAAGUUCAAAUUAUUCUGUACUGACAUUUUUUUUGCUGAGUACUAUAUUGUAAAGAUUUAUUUCAUUCCUAUGUAGCAUCUUCCCCAUGACUUUAGAAAGAAUGUUUGUUUGCUUUUAAAGAAGCCUCAUCAUUUUCAGUUUCUAAUAAGAUUUAUAAAAAUGUGAAAGGUGAUAAUUUAAUCACUUGCGUAUAUAUAUUAAAAAAAACUACUCCAAGCUACCUGAGGAGCACAUCCUGCUUCACAGGAGUAUGGCAUCCCAGUUCCCAACCUGUGGAGCCCUGCUCCUGCUCUGCUGGGGUCUGUUAAUAGACCUUUAAUGUAACUGCAGUUGCUUGCAUAGAAGAUACUUUGCAGGGAUACAACUAGUUAUGUCAGGCCACCCAAAUUCACAGCUAUUGAUCUGUUGAGAACAUUGCUUAGAGGUGCAAUAUAUUAACACUAGUAUUUACUUCUGGACUGAGGUGUUUAGUGGUUUGGGUGGUACUGAUGCCCUGCUAUCUGUAGCAGUGGGAUUACACAGAUAUUGUUGGUGGUGGAAUUACACUAAAUUCUUUCUAAUAAUACCCAGCAGGUUCAAUAUUUAAAAUUACAUUUUGCAGGGUAGUUAACAGCCUAUUGGUUGUGUAAAUGGAGCUAUUAAAUCAUGUUUCUGAGUUAUAAAGUGAUGAGGACUAACUGUGCAUAAAGGUUAAUGACCGUUGAAAUGAGAUUUAUGAAAUCGUCCUGAGCAUAUACCAUUCUUAAUUGUUAAACCCCUUUUCUGGGAAUAGUUGCCUAUGCCUAAUCCACUACAGUACCACGUGAAAUGCAAUUCCUGGACUUGGUGGCUCAUAAUUCCAGGCCACUACACUUGUACAUAAUUCUACUUUUUAAAAAAAAGUAACACUGGCUCCUUGCUGCUUGGUUUGUAGCUCCCAGACUUUGAUGUGAUGUACUUUGAUCAGUAAGGAAUGGGAGUUUUUAAAUCUUAAACCAGGAGUUGACCUGCAUAAUCUUCAUGGUUUGCAGACUGAAACUUGUUUUUCCUUUUUGUUUAUCUAGUAUUUGGCUACCAGAGUUUGGCCCACUUAAUUUCCAUUGUCAUUUUCUUUCACUGUACACUGGAAUAAAGAAUUAAGAGGGACCACAUAGUCCAUUUCACCAGAUAGCACACCAAGUCCUGGAGAUUUGAAAUGGAACUGGGAAGUUAAUUGGCAUUGGAACCAAAUAGAGAUUGGGUUCUCUAUUGGCCAUUGAUCCUUUGUCAUGAAUUACUAGUUUGUGCCUGAAACAUGAUUAGCUUUAUCCUCCUCACUGGCACUCUGGCCUCUUGAGUCUCUGCCACACUCUCUCUGUCUCUUCCCACCUGGGGAUUGCAGUAGGGCACACAUCUGCUGGUGCCCUACUGGGGAAGGAAAUGAGCUAUCUCCUUCUGGCUGAUGGUUGGACUCUGUUUGCCUUUGGUGAGGAGGAGUUGGGCCACAUCUUUGCUGAUACCCUGUGACACUCUACAUACACCACAACUUCAAAACAAAAAUAGAGAGAUGUGAACAAUAUGGGCCAGUCCCUGACCCCUGUAUAGUGUGACUUUCUCCUUGUAAAUUAGGCCAUCUACUUGGUGUUGCUGAAAACUUUUUAAGUUAUUUUGGGCAGGUGCAUGAGAAUGUGUUGCUGCCUUUCAAUAAUUUAUUUGUAUGUUUUAUUAACAGGAGGUGUAUGCACUUUUUAAUAUGCAGAAUCUGUAUUGUUUUCUAUGUUUUAAAAGAAUGUUUCUUUGACAACAGUUUGUACAAAGUCCAUGUUAGUCAGAACAACUGUACAUGAGGAGCAGAAUUACAAAAAUAAA